AUGCUCGUCGCUGGGGAACAAAAGUUGCGCCGAGGCGCGUCGGGUCGCGAGGCGGUGUGGCUGCCCACGGGGGUAUCGGACAUGUGCACCGUCCAUGAGCACGUGCCCGCCACGCGGCGGAAGUGCCGCGCCGACCCACUUCUCCUGACCUUCGCGAAUUUGUGUACGCAUCUCCCGCUCGAAGCACUGUUGACAAGGCCAACGCAGCGAGAUAGCAGAGGGCAGGUUGGGUCUUAUCUCUGCGGGGAUGUGCGCGACGCGACGGACGUGCCCUAUCUGUCCGCGCUGCCUAUCUCAUCCCUGAUCGUGAUCGGUUUGGUAUCGGUCACCACG